UCUCUCUCUCUCCCGUAUCCCCACCUCUUUCUCUGUCUUUCUCUCCUAUCCUAACCAACAUGGCCGCUAAGUCGGAUGGAGCAGCGGUGUCUGUGGAAGAUGACAACACGCCCAGGAGCCUCUCGGAGCCGGGGAACCCCGCCGCCCGGCCCCGCUGCAGCGCCGCGGGCGGGAAACCCUACACCCUGCUGGACUGCUGCUGGGUGCUCUGCGCCCUGCUCGUCUUUUUCUCCGACGGCGCGACCGACCUGUGGCUGGCCGCCGACUACUACCUGAGAGGUGACUACUGGUGGUUCGGCUUGACGCUCGUCUUCGUCGUGGUGCCCUCCGCUGUCGUCCAGGUAUUGAGUUUCAGGUGGUUCGUGUAUGACUACUCGGAUCUGAGCGGCGGGGAUGGAGCAGCGAGCGGCAGCGGGACCGGCGCGGCGGCGGCAGGCGCGGCAGCCACGGCGGGCGACAACAGUUUAAGCACCAAGGACAGCGACCAGCGCGGUGGGAGCGCGGCGGUGGGGAACGCCGCGAAUGCUACCCCGGUUUACUCGUCCUCUGGCCCGCCUGCGACGGCAGGGAGAGUCGGGGCCCCCCGGAGGUGCUGCACCGUCUGCAUGUGGGUCUUUCAAACCGUGCUUCACGUCCUGCAGCUGGGGCAAGUCUGGAGGUACAUCCACGCCCUCUACCUGGGCGCCCAGAGCCGUUGGCACAGCAACGGGCCCCGUCGCCACUUCCACUGGCGGCUGAUGUUUGAGAGUGCUGACAUCACCAUGCUCCGCCUCCUAGAAGCCUUCCUGAAGUCAGCUCCGCAGCUCGUCCUCCAGCUGAGCAUCAUGAUCCACGGAAACACCGUCCUCCCUCUGCAGGGUCUCUCUGCCUCUGCCUCCCUGGUUUCUCUGGCCUGGAUGAUUGCCUCCUACCAGAAGGUUCUGCGGGACUCCCGCGACGACAAGCUGCCCAUGUCCUACAAGGCUGUGAUCACCCAGAUGCUGUGGCACUUCUUCACCAUCGGGGCGAGGACUGUGGCUUUUGCCCUCUUCGCCUCCGUCUUCCAGCUCUAUUUCGGCAUAUUCAUCGUCAGCCACUGGUGUGUCAUGACCUUCUGGAUCAUCCAAGGUGAGACUGACUUCUGCAUGUCCAAGUGGGAGGAAAUCAUCUACAACAUGGUGGUGGGCAUCAUCUACAUCUUCUGCUGGUUCAAUGUCAAGGAGGGCCCGAGCCGUUUCCGUAUGACCGUCUACUACUCUGUGACGCUGGCUGAGAAUGUGGCACUGACCGCCGCCUGGUACACCUACCGUGGCCCGCACACCUCCGACUCAUAUGCCCUGGUGGUGGUGUGCUUGGUAGCCUGCAGCUUUGCCCUGGGAACCUUCUUCAUGUUGGUGUACUACUGCUGGCUGCACCCUGACGGGCCUGUUUUGGGCUCACAGUGGGGUGGGUGUGUGGAUGAGGGCGUGGUGGGUGCAGGAGGGGUGGCAGGAGUGAUUGAUGCUUGUCUCACCCCAUCCCAAGGGUCCCAAACAGACAUGGUCAUUACCAGCCCUCCGAGGACACUCCCCAGGACUAAAGACACGGGAGAGCCAGUUCCCGGGGAGCGAGACAAGGACAGAGACAGGGACAGUUGCCUGCCUGUCUUCCAAGUACGCCCCUCCCCUUCCUCCUCUCCUGCACUCCUUCACAGGACCUCCUCUUCAUCCCGUGCACAGGAGGGCCCUGUGAUACGGAUCGACCUCCCAAGAAAGCGAUACCCGGCCUGGGAUGCGCACUUUAUUGAUCGGCGCCUCCGCAAGACCAUUCUGCUUCUGGAGACCACAUCAGCCGUCAGCCCCAGGAUACAGUACAGGAGUAGCAUGAUGGGCAGCAAAGAGGUAUUAGAAUAUGAGACAACUGUCUAAGCCAACAGGGGCUCUUAAACUUAAAUGUGCAGUCUGGGGCAAAGGCUUAGCCUGAGAUCAGUUCUCAUCCCAGGACUACCUACACCAGGAGAAGAAUGGAAAGGAGACACAGAGUGUCAGGCAACUCUUUAAGAAAAAAGGUUGUCAAAACUUGAUUGUAAAAUGUAAAGCGCAAUCUGGGACCAAGGCUCUCCCCUUAGGGCGCAGUCCAGGAGUAAGUAGCAUUAAUGAGCCGUGGGAAGUAAAUGGAGUAACACUGAACUGGGAUAAUCUUCAUCUUUUCUAAAAGCUUGGAGGUGAGAAAUUUAAUCUCUCAUCCUGGGACCAAGGAGUGUUAGAUUUAUUUUCAUCCUGCACGGUCAGAACAAGAAGUAAAAGGAUUUUGAGAGCAAUGAAGUGGCGGAGUUUGAGAUAAUUGAGAAAAAGUGCUGCAUGAACUUGAGCCUCGGACCCCGGAGACUCAACAGAGACUCACCAGGGAACUUUUAGAGACUGGUUACUAGAGUUUACAAAGGACAUGCAAUCAUUUUGGUUUGGUAGCAAAUUAGACAGUGACAUUAAAUAGGGACUCAGACUCAGACUCACCAUCUAAUAAAAAUCGCUUUAGUGAUUUACAGGUAAAAAGAUGCUGAGAUGUGUAGGUUAAAACUGGGCUAAAUUUGGUUGAAAAGUGAUGUCUAGUUCUGUUUAGAAAUCUAUGUUACAUAUAAUAGGUUAGAUAUGUUGUUUAAACAGCUUUUUUAGAGUAUAUGUCAUAAUAUAUUUCAGUGAAGCAGGACAUAGCUACAAGAUGAAAUAUACUAAAAAAUGUGAAUUAAAUAAUGUAGAUCACUUUUCAACCACAUUUAGUCCAAUUUAAACCAAAAUGUGUAGAUUUCUUUUCGCCUCCAAAUCACCAGUUCAUUAACUAACUAAGAAUGUUUCAUAAAAAAUGAAUAAAUAUGAAUUUAUUUGUUUUAGCUGGGAGACAGAGAAUAUUUUACAUUGUUUAUACAUUCAUGCUUCCAAAAGGUUGCAUGUCCCUCACAAACUUUGGUAACUUUCUUUUAAGCAUUUUGAGGCUCCAGCCUCGUGCGAACACAAGGACCCAUGAAAUGUAGACUUACAAGUCUCACAGUUUAGGUCAAGAUGGUUUAUGAAAUGUAGGCCUGAGAGAGAAGUGAUAACAGUCACCCAUCCAUAUGUGAUACAAAAGCAGCCAUAGCAGAAGUUCCACUGUUUACAUCCCAGCUGUACUGUCACCAUUAACCUGAGAAAGGACUUGUUUGGAAACUCGAUCAGGACCAGAUGUAAGGAUGUAAAGUGGAUGACUUCUGCAAUGGCUACCACCAUAUGGCAUGCUGUAACUCACCACAAACAGGCCUAAGAUGUACAGUUGAAUAAAUACAGAUGUCAGAUAUAAGCUAUUAUAAUAAGCUGUAGUUUGGUGAUGAAUGACCUUUGGGUGAAAAAGCUUCAUGUACUCGAAAGAGUCUAAAUGUUGUCCACUUUUCUUGGAAUACAUACGAUGUAGGGGUAUGAAGGGUAUCAUGAGUAACCUCAUUAUGCUAUGAAAACAUUUUUCAGUGUUUGGGGAGACAAGUAUCUGACGAGAAAUGUCUUUUAACAAUGUCAACAGACCUUAAAGAAUCCUAGAAUGACUUAUUGGAAUGUGACAACACAUGAACACAUCCAAUAAGUGGUUAAUACAUGUUACAAUAAAUGCAAAGCAAAAGCAAAUUGAUAACAAGAGCUCAAAUAUUCACAGUACCUAAUAGGAUGUUGACAAGGGUGUGGACUUUGUGAAAGGCAGUGUUGUUUACAAAAUGAAACCAUCUACAGGCCUUUGAUUCAAAGUGGAUUUGCAGAUUCAGGUUUGGAUUAAUAACUGGCAUCAUCAGUGGAAAAACUGAAACUGUAACAACUGAUGAGAAUUCCUCUUUGCUCUUUCAAACUGCUGUUGUGAUGCCCUAAAGCUUCAACUCAAGAAAUUCAGCUGAAGUGAUCACAAACCAGCUUCAGAGGUCAAAGUUUAAACACAGCUGCUCCCAGGUGUGAAUGUGUGUUACUAUCAAUUAGAAGCAGCUGGAUGCUUAGAAAGUCAGGCAUGGUCGGCAACAGUACCUGAAGGAAGAACAGCAAAAAAAAAAAAAACACUAGCAUCAAAGCUAACUUCUGUCCUCCCUCAUAUUACACAACAGAUUUCGCUUCAGCAGUCUCUCUUUGAAGUCGUUUUCAAAGACAUUUUUUUCUUUAAAAGCCUGUAGGGUUAGUCUGUGCAUUUAAGGUGAUCUGAUUUGUUAUGAAGUGGGAGUUCUUUAAGUCAAUCAACAUUUAAACCGGUGUUGUGAUUGUUUUAGAUAAAGGCAGCAGAAGGUGUUAGCAUUUUUAGCAAUGCACUUCCCUAAAAGACAUUACAUUCCCUAUGUGACCCUGAUUCAUCCCAAAAAGCAUGUUCAUCAAAACACGUUUGAAGAUGCAUUUGAGAUAAUGUGCAGUGAUAAAGGCUCCCAGUUUGUGAUAUAGUUAAACUGUUCCGUUGUUUUUACCUUAGUAGCAGAUGUAACCAAGAUUUUUACAUUAUAACCCAACAAGCAUUUAGAAGAUGCCGAUGUUCAGGGGGUCACCGAUUCAUGGUUGACUGACACGAGCACAAAAAAUAAAAUAUUAUGGCACAGUUAAAACUCAUAUAAUAUAAACUCCUGUCAAAGAUAUUCAGAUGAUAGUUUUUACAAAAAGCUGAUGCAGACUGUUGUAUCAACAUCAAAAUUUAACGUCAUAAUGUUUAUAUUGUAAAAACCGAGAAUAUCUAAUAUCUAACGAGUGUUUCAUCUAGAGAAAGUUGUUUAACAUGAACCUGUCCACCAUCUCCACCCUGAGAUUAGAGCAAGGUAUGGUUUACUUUUUUGGGUAGUGAAGUCUUCAAAAAUCAUGCAGUUCCCUCCUGCUUUCAUCUCUGGCCAACAAAAACAUAUUUGUUGUUGCAGUAUCCAGUGCAGUUUUAAUUAUCAUCUUUAUGCUGAUGAUGCAUGUGUAGAUUCUAAGGUGUUGAAAGGACUUCAGAAGAAGUAUUUCUAACCUGGAUGGGUGAAGCAAGUCACUAAGAGCAGUUUAUAUACUUGCUUUUUAACAAUGUGUUCAUGUAAAUAAGCAGCUGUGAUGCAAGCAUUAUUGUUCAUAUUUACCUAGGUACUUUGUGUCUACCUGGAGGAUUAAAAUCUAGGCAGGCAGAUCAGGGCUGAAUCAGUGGGUUGCAUUAUUUUCUGAUGGUGUAAACAUAACACUCUGAAAGAUAACUGCAUACACAGGUUGGCCAUCAUGCACACACAUAUGCAUUGUUAACAGCAAGUAUAUAAGCACUCUGAUCCUCACAAGGUUUGUGGUUGUAUUCCCAGUGAAGACACCAGGAGCAAAAAUAUCCAUAUAAGCUCACUUUGGAUGUGUGUGUCUCCUCUGCAGGGAAACUAUUGUGUCAUUUUAACUCGGGUGGGUGGUCAACAAUCAGGAAUGCAAUUUAAAAAUUAAUAUUGGUAAUAACUUGGUAAAAAGCAUUUUAUUAUCCUGACAGUUUUUUGUCCUACCUGAACCUGUGGUUGUUGGUAAAGUGGUGACAGUCACUGCAAUGUUAAUGGUGCUGAAAAUGACUCAACGUCAACAUGAUUAUGUCAUGUCGAACAUGAUAGGCUAAUGUACAGAUAAUGCAUCAACCACCCAAUCAUGGGCCGAGGGCGAGGCUUCGCUUUCUCUGAUUGGGUAAUGAACCAGUCCUUUGUCGUUGAGGUAAAAUAACAGUUAAAAGUGGUAUAUAUAUAUAUAUAUAUAUAUAUAUAUAUAUAUAUAUAUAUAUCGACUUGAAUAAAUCAUGUUAAAAAGUAAACAGUGAGUUUAAACUCAUAUCAUCUUUUAUUAAUUGAUGCAAGUAUUUAUGUUUAUUUAUUUUUGUAUUUGUUUUAUAUCUAUUUAUCUAUUGUUUACUCACUCGGUGGCCAUGUCUUUGGUAUGACUCUUAUAUUAAGAUGUAAAAACUGAAAAUAGAUUUUUUUUUACUCAUUCUAUAUAUCUGUAUAUACCAGCGUGGCGCUAUACUAGGACGUGUAUGUAUGAGUAUGUGUGCUUUGGUUUGUAUGUAUGUAUUGUAUGUACAGUAUGUAUGUAAGGAUGUGCUCUAAGUUUUUUUGAUAAUGCUGCUUAAACAUCCUCUGAGUGAACGAGCAGAAAAAUUAAAAUGUGGUGAAAAUAUCUAUGAUGCUGUUAAAAAAAGAACUCAACAAGCUGUGCUGAUAACUGUAGAUGGGAACAAUACUGUAGUAAACAUGGCUGAACAGCCAUCGAAAAUAAA